AUGGUUGGACAACGUUCAGAAAAGUGGCUACAAAUUCGAUCAUACAUUCAAGCCAGGAAUAAAAUUGGAAUAAGUGCAAAAGUUAUUUUUAAUGAAAUUUGUAAUAUAUAUGGACACUAUGAAGUUUCAUAUAGUACAGUGACGAGAUGGAUAUCUCGAUUCAAAUCGGGAAGGGAGCAAGUAGAAGACUUUCGACGUUCUGGACGGCCAAAGACAGCAACCAUCAAGAAAAACGCCCAGUUAAUUAAGGACUUAUUACAUCAGGAUGCUCGUUUAACUGUGCAUCAUUUAGCUCGUCGAUCAGGAAUAUCAUCGGCACGAGUUCAUUUCAUUCUUUGCAAAAUCCUGCUCGUGAAAAAGAAAUGUGCACGAUCGAUACCACACCUUCUGACAGCCGAACAAAAACAGGAGCGCGUUCGAAAGGCCAAGAAACUGCUUAAGUUAAACCUUGAAUUUGACAAUAAACGAUUUUCAGAAUUAAUUACAGGUGAUGAGACAUGUGUUCACUUCUUUGAGCCCAAACGGAAGUGUUCAAACCGUGUAUGGGCAACGAAACAUGCCAAUUGGCCAGUUAUUGCCAAACGUAUGGCAACAGUGAAAAAGGUGUUGUACUGCAUUUUCUUCUCAAUUCACGGACCUGUUCCCAAGGGUAGGAGUGUAACUGCCAAAUUCUACAAAACCGUUGUUCUUAAGGAACUGAACAGAUACUUUAAAGUGCGACGACAACAAAAUAGUAUGAAGUAA